AUGGCAAGGAUUAUGAGGAAGGGAAAGCUGUUGCUUGCUUAUAUUAAAGAUAGACGUGCAAGGAGAGUAAGUUAUAGACACAGAAGCAAGGGUUUUGUUAAACUAGUAAGUGAGUUGUGUAUCUUAUGUGGUGCUGAUGGUUGUGCGAUAGUGUGUGGACCAUACCCCGAUCUAAAACCACAAGCAUGGCCAACAGAUCAACCAGAAAUGCAGCAUGUACUGAUGAAGUUCAACAGCAUAUCCUUGGAGGAACGACACAUGAAGAUGUUGAAUCACCGGUCAUUCUUGAAUAAUCAGAUUACUAAACUUGAUGAUAAAUCGCAGAAACAGGAACGCGAAAAUCGUAACGAGGAGCUCAGUAAGAUUGUGAGGCAAGCUCUGAAUGGUAAGCGCUCUGCUGUGAAUCGCACUGAUUUGGGUGAUUUAAAUAAUACUGGUAAUAGUACUGCUAUCAUCAUGAUCCCUAACCCUAGUACUAAUUAUACUAGAUCUUAUGCUAACCGUGGUUAUGGUAUGGAUAAUGGUUUUGAAUUUAAUGGUGGUGUGAAUGCGGAGUCGUAG